AUGGUUUAUUUGCACAUGUAUACAACCUGCACCGAUGACACAAUAACUAUCAGCUGCGUCUUGUACAUGAACCAGAAGAUUUUUGUGUCUGGGUGGAGCAAGCGAGUGACCUGGUACCUAGACAACAAGGAAGACGAGAAAGUGAUCGAGUGCAAGCACUGGAAGUCGUACCACUCCGACGACAUCUCGUGCAUGGACCGCCACGGCAAAAAUCUUUUGGCGACCGCGUCCUGCAACGGGGACAUCGUCCUGUGGAGCGUCCACUCUGGGCAGGCGUUCUGCCGAUUCAACGCAUCCGAGAGCCCCUUGGUCCUUGCUCCCCGAAGGGAAUUCUCCUCGGACCCAGACAUCCCCGAGCUGAACAGGGGUCCCAAGAAGACAGGCUGCAACCACCGGAUGGCAAUGAAGAAGUGCUUUGCCUGCUCCAGGAAGGCCGCCCAACUCAAAACCGCCAUCCCUCAGCGGCCGGCCAGCGCGAAGACUCAUCAGGUGACAUCUCCUAUCCCCCAGAGGCGCCCGGCUUCAGCCAUGCCCGGAAACCGCAUCAUGCGCCCAGCUACGUCCGUUCCCGGAAGCCACAUCAUGCAGCCCCAGGAAGCUUGGGAACCCGAAGCAAGCGACAAGACUGCGGCUGCUCCUCAUGCUCACGCAGCUCCUGAGACUGGCUCAUCGAAGGCCGAGAUCCCUACCUGGCAGGAAGAAGUCAUCGCCAGCCGGGUUGGUGUGGAGAAGCUCCUCUUUCUGAACGCUCGCGAGAGAGACUCCAACACAGCCAUUAUGCUGACCAGCUGCUCCGACGGGAACAUCUACGCGUGGACAUUUGGUGGCAAAGGAGGGAUGCUGGGCAAAUUCCGAGGAGGCCACGGGCAUGCCCAGGACACCGUGGUCUGUUCCAUGACCACAGAUGACAAGAACCUAGUCCUCUUCACUGGGGAUUCCUUGGGAUACUUGAAGAUCUGGGAUAUCAUGAAUUACUGCACACCGAGAGGGAAGAUAGACCCUGAGUCAGAGAUUAGCGACGAGAAUCUUCCUGAGCCCAGCCAGAACGUUUUUCGUAGCUUAAUCCCCGAUUACUGCAGAAUUCCUUCGGACUUCAGUGCCUCUGGUAUGAUCGAAGAGGAACACGAGGGCUGGGUCACCUCUCUGAUUCCCCCCGUCUGCCUGAGCUCCUGGAGGGGACACUUGAAGAACGUGGGCAGCAUCAGAUACGUGGAGAGAUUCAAGGCGAUUCUGACUUCCAGCCACGACAGCACAAUCAAGCUCUGGAUGCUGUCGGGGAGACAUGUGGGGACGUUUGGGCAGACGGUGUGGAGGCUCGAAUUUCAGUCCAUGAUGACGGCAGAAGUGCCCGAGGACAUCCGCCGAACAGGCUCCCUGCAGACCCUGAAGGUCCUGAACGAAGGCCGGCAGCCCCACUGGGAGACCACCCGCAGCAUCGUGCAGACGCUGAGCCAGCAGAGGAGGCAGCAGUCCAUGCUGAUGGAUUUCCUGCACGUCAAGUCGUCCCUCGACGCUGCCAGCAAGAUGCAGGAAAUGAUCCAGAAAGAGACGCGGAUCAUCCCGGUCACAGACGAGCAAGUGGAGGCCUCUUAUCAGCGGUGGGAAGAGCACGGGAAGCUAAAGAGCGAUAUCCUGGGCACCGCCUACAAGCAGAAGUUUCCGCGCCCCGUCUUGAAGCAGCUCCCAGAAAUGAAGGCCUACGUAGCCCACAAGGAGCCCCGGAUUUACCGCUGCGUCCAGUACACAGACCUCAAGCCCAUGUUCCAGGCGUACGUCCCGGACCUGGUGUUGGAUGCCCAGCAGACCCAGGCCGCGAUAGACCACCGGGCAACCCGGAGGGCCAAGCGGUGGGCAGCCCUCAAGGGCGUCGUCAAGCCCACCCUCAAGAGCUUCCUGUUGCGCAAGCGAGUUGUGGAUCCCAAGGAAUGAGCUGCCCAUUGCGACGAUCCCUCCGAGGCGCGAGGCAGCGGCUUCCUCGUCCCAAGGGCCGCUGCUGGCUUGGGGAGGCUGGGAGC